CAUACAUUGUUCUUCUAUCAGUCUUACAAAAUGAAUCAGGCUACGUUAAGAACCAUUUGUCAAACUGUGAGAACAUCUCUUGUUAAUAGUCCGUUACUAUGUAACAUCCAUCCAUCUUUUAUACCAAAUAUUUUCUUGCGGAAUACUAGUUUUUUUAACAAACUACCGGCCGAGGACAUUUGGCGUGGAGUAACUGCAGUCAGCAAUGCUGGAAAGAAAAGAGGUCGUGGAAAAGGAAGUGGAAAAAAAGUGGCAAAAGACCUAAAUAAAGGACAAACUAUAGGACUUGGGAAAAAUAAUUGCAUAUGGCCCGGCCUAAAUUCGCCAAUAAUUCGUGGAAAUGAGCUCAUAUAUCAACAAAAACUCUCUGACAACUUAGACAGAGAAAAUGGAAUAUUUAAGUUGCGUGAUUCAUUGAGUAACUUUAGAAUGGUGAAAUUAAAUUCAAUAGAUCGUGGAUGGUCUGGAAGCAAAAUGCCAGGAAGAAGCAUUGGCCCCCCUGAUACUGUGGGAGAAGAAGAAUUCAGUUCAUUUGAUACCCGGGUAUUGGAGAAUAAAAUUGUUUUUAUUAUGAAAGGAAAUAUGGGAAGGAAGCGUAGAUAUUCUGUUUUAUCCGUCACAGGAAAUGGUAAUGGGUUGGCAGGGUUUGCAACAGUUAAAGCCCCAGAAGUUCGAACUGCGCUUCGAAAGUCAAAAAAUCGAGCAGGUCAAAAAUUAAUCAAUAUUAGUCUUUGUGAAAACAGGACCAUAUACCAUGAUUUUUUUACUGGUUUUGGAAAGACAAAGAUAUAUUGUUUUAAAAAACCUGAAGGUCAUGGAUUAAUAUGCCAUCGUGCAAUACAAACUAUUUGCAAGGUUAUAGGAAUAAAAGAUUUAUACGCAAAAAUUGAAGGUUCUACAAAUCUUCAGCAUAUAGUUAAAGCUUUUAUUAUUGGUCUAAUGCGACAAAAAUCGUAUCAAAACAUUGCCAAUGAAACAAAUUUUAAUAUUGUUGAGCAACGAAAUGCAAGGAAUGGAUAUACAGAAAUAAAAGCUAUUGCGCCAAUGUCUUUAAUACAAGAAAAUAAUAAGCAUGCUGUCGACAUUAUGCACUUUACACUAGGAAAUAAAAUUGUAUUGCAAAAAUCAGCUACGUAUCCAUUUUAUGUCAACUCGAAAGGCCAUAAAUUAUUUCAAAUUAAGAAAGAACGUUUUCGAAACCAAGCUAAUGUAAGACUUCAUAAACUGGUAAAUUUCUAUGAAUAAUAUUUAAAUAAAUAAUGCCAUAAAAUGA